AUGGCGAUGAGAUGGUUCGAUUCCCUCCAGCUGAAUUCCAUAGAUUCCUUUAAACAGCUGACGCAGGCUUUUGGUUCCCGUUUCAUCACCAGUACUAGAGUCCCUCGGCCCCUCGAUUCCCUCCUAUCCUUGUCCAUGCGGGAAGGAGAGACACUAAAGGCCUACUCGGAUAGAUACUGGGAAAUGUAUAAUGAGAUCGAAAUCGAAGGGAAAUAUGAUGAUGUCGCCAUCAGUACGUUCAAAAGGGGCUUGCCGACCGAACACGGCUUAAGAAAGUCCCUCACUGGAAAGCCGGUCACCAGCGUGCGCCAGCUCAUGGACCGAAUUGACAAGUACAAAAGGGUCGAGGAGGACCAGCAGAUGGGGAAGGGUAAGGCGAAGGUCGUCCCUCAGGAGAGGAGGGACUUCAGGUCGGAACGAUUUAACAACAGUAACAGGCCGAGAAGGGACUAUGUAGAGCAGUCCGGAUCUACUAGGGCUCAGGCAGUCCAUGCUGUGUUCCGAGAACCUCUUCACAAAAUCCUGGAGAAGGUGAAGUAUGAGCCUUUCUUUUAG